AUCCUUUUUAAGCCAUUUAUUCUGGACCAACCAGAUUCUCUCCCUCUCUGUCUCUGAUCUAUCGGCUCACUCAGUGAUCAUCUCAUUCUAUAAAUAGCAAGCAAAGCAAGUCCCCAGCCACAUCAACAAGGAUUCCCUACCCCUUUCUCAGGGAGUUUUGCACGUCUUUCGGUUAACUCUCACUGCCUUCAUCCCUUGAUUUCCUUUUUUCCCUCUUAGCCGUAUAUCUUUAUCUAAUCAAAUCAAGUUCUUGGUACGUAUCUAAUCAAAUCAAGUUCUUGGUACGUAGAAGGUCUGCCUCCUGGUUGUCAAACAUUUAUAAAGAUCAAUACACCCUUUGGUCUCUGUGUCUCUCAAUUUAACCCCAACUUUCUGUUGUAAAUUGAUUGAAAGAUGGCAAAGGUCGUCAGCCUGUUGAUGAUAAGCCUCCUCCUCUGCUCCACGCUGACCUACGCUUCCCGCCCAGCGCCUGGGCUUGCUGAUGCAACUCCUGCGAUUACCCUUCAUGCGGAUGAGUCGGAAGCAGAGCACGUUCAUGAUGCUGUGGAUGUGAGUUGUGAAGGAAUUGGAGAGACGGAAUGUUUGACAAGGAGGACGUUGGCUGCUCACCUCGACUAUAUCUACACCCAGAAGAAGAAUCCAUGAAAUUCUGAUGUCCUAGUUUUUUCUUUUUUAUUUUUUUCUUCGCAAGUCUGAACUUCAUUACCAAAGACAACUGAACAAGUAAAAUACUAAUGUCUUAAGCAAGGAACUGGGAAAUAUAUUCAAACAGUUCAUAUUUGUGGUGGGAGAUCUUUUCAACUGUGAAAAUUCAACAGACAUUCACGGAUUUUGAUGAGAGGGAUAUUUCCAAACAUGUUGUUGGAAUGUGCUCAUUGUGUAAUGGAAUGCGUGUAUCGAUUCCGAGUUUGAUAUAUUUUUGUAGCUUUCUGGGUUCAAAGUCUUUGAAGAAGUAUCUUGUGUCUCUUGCAA